GGCCUGGUACAGAGAUAAGGCUUGGGCUGGGAAAACUGAAACUGAGCUGUGACAACAAGGGGAAGGUUUGCAGUCCCAGGCACUGCACUGGCCUCCGGGCAGGAGACUCCACCUGCCACCCGAGCAGGGACAGGUGGCCCACAUGCCAUCUUAAUUGUAUUUCAGAGUGCUGAUGUGCACAGGUGUUGCAAGGAAAUUCGUAGGAAAAGGUGGUGUGGGUGUGCAUGGGGACAUGGCAGACAGCAGCAGCUGUGGUUUAGAAGAUGCAAGGGAAGAACAUGGUGCUGGUGUGUGUCACAGCCUUGCCAGGGCACAGGGAGGUGACAUGUGGCCACAGCAGCAGUGGGUGCCUCUGCUGGUUCCCAGCAGGAGCUCUGCACAGGUCUCUGUGCCAGGGGGACUGCCAUGCUCAGCUCAGGGAGCCAGCCCUGGCAGAGCUGAGGAUGCCUGGAAGUUCCCUCAAAAGACAAUAAAGGAGUGAAAAUCCAAUUGCACAUGGAUGUGUGCCUGGCAAACGUGUUCAUGGAAAUGCACAUUGCUCCGAUCCCUGUCAGCCUCCUGCGUGUCUCGCUGUGCUGUCACUGCAGCAUUCCAUCCCCUCUGGAGUCUCCCACCGUGCUUCACAGCCGUCCCUCUCCGCGGGGAGCAGCUCCAGCCCUGCAGCCUGUGGCACAGCCCGUGUGACUUGGGGACAGCCAGCGGGUGUCACUUGAGGAGCGCGUCUGGCCGGGAGCCCUGCCCCGCCUCUGGGCACAGCGUCACCUCCUCCUCCUCCUCCUCUGCGAGUUUCUAUUUCCCCGGCUUCUCGUCCCGAUCUCCGGCGCAGGCAGGAUGGCAUCGCCCGUGUCGCAAAAGCUGGAGGAGAAGCUGGUGUGCUCCAUCUGCCUGGAGCUGUUCAGGGUGCCCGUGACUUUGCCCUGCGGCCACAACUUCUGCAAGGGCUGCAUCGGCGACCACUGGGACAAGCAAAGGCAGGCCGGGACCGACGCGAGCUGCACCUGCCCCGAGUGCCGCCGGGCCUUCGAGCGGUGCCUGGAGCUGGAGAAGAAUGUCACCCUGCACAGCGUGGUGGAGCUGGCACGGGGCAGCGAGGAGCGGGGCUCGGCCGCGGGCCGGGGCUCGGCGGCGCCCGCCGAGCUGUGCCGGCAGCACGGGCGGCCGCUGGAGCUCUUCUGCCAGGACGAGAGGCGCUGCAUCUGCUGCAUCUGCACCCUCCGGGACUGCCGCCGGCACCGGAGGGUGCUCUUCGAGGAGGAGCGAGCCAAAAAGCAGACCUUUUUGAAAGAGUCCCUGGAAAAAGCCCAGGAGGAAUCAGAGAGGAUUGAGCUGGCAAUGAAGGAGCUGGAGUUGCAGACAGAGAGCAUCAAGGACUGCACCGAGCUCAAAGAUGGGAUUCAGAACAAAUUCAACCACCUGAAGAAAGCUCUGGAGGAUCUCAAGUGUCAGACAGUGGCCAGGAUUGAGCAGGAGCAGGGGGCAGCCCUGGAGCGUGUGGACAGGAACUGGAACCUGUGCAAGGACCGCCUGGAUGUCCUUGGCCAGCACAGGGAGAGGGCUCAGAGCCUGCUGGCCUGCCCUGACCACAGGACCUUCCUGCAGGAGUUCCCCCUGCUCCCACCUCUGGAGAGCCCAGAGGCGCUGGUGCCCGUGGAGUUUGACAUGGCUGCUGUGAUCAAGCCCAUCUCUGAGAUCCUCACCAGCAUCUCCAGGCUCCUGCUGGAGGACCUGCCUGCCUCUGUGGCCCCCAAAGCCCCCAGCCAUGCUGGCCAAGGUCCAGUGCAUACCCAGGAGCUGGCAGUGAAGGCUGUGGCCCCUCUCCCCAAGUGCCAGCUCCGAGCUGAGCUUCUGAAGGACCACCGCAACCUGACCUUCGACACCGAGACAGCCAACAAGUACCUGGAGCUGUCCAAAGGUGCCCACAGAGCCAAGCACAGCCCUGGCACCAUCUCUGGGAAGGGGCAGGGCCCCCGCUUCGAGCCCUGGCAGGUGCUGUGCACGCAGAGCUGCGGCCCCGGCCGCCACUACUGGGAGGUGAAGAUCUCCAGCCACUCUGUCAUCCUGGGGGUCACCUACCGGGGGCUCCCCCAGGAGCAGCAGCAGGGUCACAGGUUCAACAUCGGCCUGGAUGGGGGCUCCUGGGGGCUGCAGGUGCUCGAGGAUUGUUACCUGGCCUGGCACAAGGGCCACGCCCAGAAAAUCCAGGAGCAGCUCUAUAAGAACCUGGGGGUCAGCCUGGAUUAUGGCAAAGGGCUCCUCUCCUUCUAUGGCCUCGGGGAGAAGACAAAACUCAUCCACUCCUUCCACUGUGUGUUCACUGAGCCCCUGUACCCUGUGUUUUGGCUGUGUGAGAGGCGAGUGGUGACGCUGUGCCAGAGGGACGGCGGCGGGACCCGGUGCCGGGAGGAUGCUGUGGGUCAGUGCCCCGAGGACCCAGCAGCGCCCCCGGCACGGCGGGGAGCGGAGCCCCGGCUGCGGUCGCGGGGAGGCGGAGCGGGCGGGCGGGGCGCGGCUGCCGCCCGCCUCCGCCGGGGCUGGGACCGGGGCCGGGGCCGGUCGGGGCGUUCAGGGAUGGAUGCUACGCCCGGGAGCGCCCCGUCGUCCUCCGCCGCGGCGUUCCGCCUGGCGCUGGCGGCUCCGGGGCUGCCCGAGGGUCCCCUCGGCUGCCCCAUCUGCCUGGACGUGCUGCGGGACCCGGUGACGGUGCCGUGCGGGCACAACUUCUGCCAGGGCUGCUUGCAGGCGCUCCGCCAGCAGCCAGGCCCCCCCGACGGCGGCGGGGCGGGCGGGGCCGCCCGCUGCCCGCUGUGCCAGGAGCCCGUCCCCGCGGCCCUGCGCCUCUGCAAGAACCGCGCCCUGUGCGAGCUCCUGCCGCUGCUGGCGGCCGCCACCGGCGGCUCGUCCCCGACGUCCCCGGCAGCCGCGUCCCCGAUGGCGCCGGGAGCCGAGGAGGAGGAUGCUGCGGGGGAGGAAGGAGCGGCGGUGCUGUGCGAUGUGUGCCCGCCCGGGUCCCGCGUGGCGGCCGAGCGCUCGUGCCUGGUGUGCCUGGCGUCCUUCUGCGGGCCGCACCUGGAGCCGCACCGGCGCGCCCCGGCGUUCCGCGCACACCGGCUGGUGGCCCCGCUGCGCCGGCUGGAGGAGGGGCUGUGCCCCCGCCACCUGCAGCCCCUCGACGGCUUCUGCCGCACCGAGCAGAGCUGUGUCUGCGCCCGCUGCCGCGCCCACGAGCAUCGCGCCCACGACGUGGUGCCCCUCGAGCAGGAGCGGGAGCACAAGCAGGCCCAGCAAGCCAAAUUCCUCAGUGAUGUGGAGAAUGAGCUGGAGGAGCUGGCAGUCACCAUCACCCAGGCCAAGAAGAUGGUGGAGCUCAUUAAGGGUGCUGCCACAAAGGAGAGGGAAAGGGUUGAGAAGCUCUUUGCAGAGGCCUCUGAGGUGCUGGCAGCCUUCCAGAAGGAGGUGACGGGAUUCAUCGAGGACGGGGAGCGCUCCAUGCUGGGCGAGGCCGAGGCCGAUCUGCGCUGGAAGGAGCAGAGACGAGCCAAGCUGGCACAGUGCAAGCAAAGCCUGGAGAGCGUCCCCAGCACCGACACCAUCUACUUCCUCCAGGAAUUUCAGGCCUUGAAAGCAGCCAUGGAAGAAAACCUCUCUCCACCUUUGAGCUUCCAGAAAGAGCUGAACUUCACCAAGUGCACCCAAGCUGUGGGUGCCAUGAAGGAUGUGCUGUCCACUGCCUGCAAAAACCAGUGGAACCACUUGCAGGGGAAAGGAAUUGAUGGAUUGAAUUGCCAGGAGAUGGAGGAAGCGUUGGCUGAAUCCCGAUUUCCAGACAAGUCAAACAAUCCUGCCUGCCUGGAGAGCCGUGAUUAUUUCCUGAAAUUUGCCUUCAUCAUCGACCUGGACAGUGACACAGCUGACAAAUUCAUCCAGCUGUUCGGCACCAAGGGGGCCAAGCGGGUGCUGUGCCCCAUCCCCUACCCGGAGAGCCCCACCCGCUUCAUCAACUGCGAGCAGGUGCUGGGUUUGAACCUCAUGAACAGGGGCAACUACUACUGGGAGGUGGAGCUGAUCGACGGCUGGGUGAGCAUCGGGGUCAUCGCCGAGGACUUCGACCCGCGGGAGGCCUACAACCACGGCCGCCUGGGCAGGAACGACAGGUCCUGCUGCCUGCAGUGGAACGGCCAGAACUACGUGGCCUGGUUUGGUGGCUUUGAGCGUGCCAUCCAGCAGCCCUUCUUCCACACCAUCGGCGUCUUCCUGGAGUAUUCGGAGAAGGCUUUAACCUUCUACGGAGUCAAGGACUCCAAAAUGACCUGCCUGCAGCAGCUCAAGGUCUCCUCUUCUGCCAAGGGGAAGCUUGACCCGUUACAGAACAGGAUCAACCGGCAGUUUGGCUCUCUUUUCUCGUGCAAGCUGAAGCCAGCCUUCUUCCUGGAGAGCGUGGAUGCCCACCUGCAGAUCGGGCCGCUGAAGAAGGACUGUGUGUCGGUGCUGAAGCGCCGGUGACUGCCCGGGGAGAGGGGCACGGACAGACCCACAGAAGUCUCUCCUGCAGGUUAUUGCCACCUCUCCUUGGUAGCCCUGUGUGUGUCUGUGGCAGCCCUCCCUCCUCUCUGCGCUGUUGGGGACCCAGGGCUGGAUGGAGCCUCCUGAUGGGCAGGGCUGGGGGCCAGGAUGGGGCUGGGUCCGAGUGCCAGCUCUGCCGCUGAGUGAGCUUGGGCCAGUCCCUGCGCUGCUCCCUGCCCCUCAGCUUCCCUUUCUGGACAUCAGGGACUGCCACAGCCUUUCUUGGUAAAGUGUGCUGCUCAGAAGUGCCACAUGGAUUUGGAGCUGUGCCUUGGCCACCUGCCCAGUCCCUCUGCUUCACCUCUGCUCACUCUGCCCCGGCGACUUGUGCAGAUGCUUUGUGCCUUAUCUCAGGCUCUGUUCCUGAUGCUUUUUUAAGUGCUGCCUCGUUGACACCUUCUGCAUGCUCCUCACAAAGUGCCUUUGGUGGAGCAAGCCCUCUGUGGACAGGUGAACCCCCAAGGCAGACGUGGUCACUUCCCAUCCCCUCUGUGCCCUGGCAUGGGCGAGUUGGUGCUCCAGGGAGAGGGAUGUGGAGGAGCCUGGCUGGGUGCUGGGGCGAUGCUGGAGUGAUGCAGCACCUCUCCUUGCAGGGCUGCCCACCCAUUAGUGCUGCAAAUGUGAAACAAGGAUCUCUGCCCAGCUGGGAAAGGGAGAAACCUCCUGCUGAGAAGCAGCACAACUGUUCCCAGCUGGAGAUGGGGAAGGGAACAGCACAAGCCAAGUUUUGAGGAUGUGCUUUAAGUAAACACAUUCUUUGGUAACUCCUAGCAAAGCUUCGCAGCCAAAUUUUCCCCCAUGUUUUUGAAGGCACCGCUGUUCUCUGGGAUUUUAGUACUGUUAAAUGACCAACUCUUCAAGAACCCUGGGCAAGAACCCUGAACCCUCUUCAAGAACUUGAGCUGAAAAUCUGCCCCUUAGCUUAGGGAUUUUUAAGUGACAGAGGUGCUGUGAAUAUGUCCCAGAGAUAAAUGGUCUGGUUUAGUUUCUAGGACAGCUGUGCCUCGAUAAAGGUGCAGCAUCAGUCAGCUACUAAAUGACCCUUUAGACUCUGGGAAUAAGUAACAAUUAACAAAAACUACUCUCAAGCAAAGGGGAACACUGUUCCCUUCAGGAAAGGUGGAAACUUGGGGCUGAGAGACAAAACUGCCAGUUCACGUGUCCUAAGGGAGCUUUUUCAGAAGGAAAACAGAGAAAUACUGCCUGUGAGAGCGGCACAGAGCAGCCCCUGUCUCAGCACAGCGUGCCUUUCCACAAGUUUAUUUUUUCUGGGGUUAUUUUGCUACCUACCUCCCAAAGCCUGCUUUACAGAACCGUGGUGCUGUGUAAUGUACAUCUGGAGAGAAAAUACAGAGGGUCAGGUUCUUCACUGGCAUGAGUGAGUCAGGGAUGAUGCAACAACCAGCAGGAAUAAUAAACAGCCCAUUCAGCUAAAUAUAUGAUAUAUAUAUAUUUUUUUUUUCCCCAAAGGAUAAGAUGGAAAUCAUAGUGCUAUAUUCAAGUGGAGCCAAGGGAAAAAUGUGAAUAAAAGGCAGGCACAAAGCUGGCAGGUUUGAAAUUAAAGCCACGUUUACACGCUGAGGCUCAAAGAGCUCCUUUACUUGACUCCUUUGCCAGAACUGCCAGUUUCUGGUGGUGCAGAAAGAGCUGCCAGUGCCCUGAAAACUGGGAUAUUUUAGUGGAUGAAGGGUCUGAAUGCAGCCACCCCUUUCCCUGGGGCAAGGCUGGUGAGUCAGUUUGGGAAGGGGCUUGCUGGGAUCUGUCUGCAAAUUCCUCCUCCUCCUCCCCUGCAUGAGGUUUCUCCUAAACUGCUGCGAGCAGUGGGAAAAGGAACAGUAGGGCUUCCAGAAUGAAAUCUUCAGCUGAAAUCUUGGCCUUUCCUGGCUGGUGGGAAUGCUGCCCAGACUUCUGUCCGGAUGGGAAUUCAUUCCCUGCGUCCUGAGCUCCAAACCCUCUUUGUUUGGCUGGCGCCAGCGGCCCCUGCAGAGCUCAGCCCUUGCACGAGAUGUCAGCGGUGACACAGAGCAGGCUGCUCAGCACAGGGGCACAACAUGCUGUCAGGAGCUCCUGGAGGGAUGGGAACUGCAGAGCUGUGCCCCAGCACGGUCACAUCCUGGCCGGACAGGGAAGGGAAGGAACUUUGUCUCUGCAGGAAGAGAUCUCUCCCAGGUGGGGCCACGUCUGCGCCCUAAAUCUCAUUUAUUCAGGCUGAACUCGCACAGUUUGCAGCGAGGAGUUUUGCCAGGGUAAACACAGCAGAACUGGGUCUUUGCCCUGUUUGGUUUCGCUGUAGGUGGAUUGAUUGCUCCAAGGGGAAACCCAUGCUGGAGCCACUCAUCCCACCCUUUUCCACGUUCCCAACGCACAGACACAAACCUCUGACCUCCUUCAGGGCUCGGGAGGCUCAGAGGGAUCCUCUCUUUCCCUCUUUCCAUCCUGCCACCACGUGGGAGCAGCUCAGGAGGCCCCUGGGUGUCUGGGCAUGGUGCGGGGUUGUGCUGCUGCUUUGGGGGGAUUCACGGAUGCAGCUCCACGGAGGAUGUGCCGCAGUUGGGAAGUGCCCAAGCCUCUCUUUCCUGCUUGCUUUUAUCCUGGUUGGGAGAGCUAAAACCCCUCCUGCUUUAGGGAUGGUGUAAAAUAGGAGCAAUCCCCUCAGGAGCUGGGUCAGAGUUUGCCCUGUGCUGCCAGGAAUUUGUAAACUGGAACAACCAGGGAGUGUGCGCUGUGCCAGCUCUGGAUUUUGCUGUAAACAAAGGGUUAAAAGCAAGGUGAGAUGGGUUGGGAUGGAUUGAUAACACUUGGCAAUUUAAACAGCCUUUCCUUGUUCCCUUGGGUUAUUUCUGCUGUCACAGAGUGUUCCUCUUUUUAAUUAGGAUUUUUUAAAUACAGUAACUGUAGGGUGUUUUACAGUGUGUGAAAAAACUGUAACAGAAUAAUGUAACGGUGUUAGAGACUAUGAUUUGACCAUUAAAUAUGAUACAGUCAUUGCCCUGGGUUGUCUUUCCUUUAAAUACCAAACCAUUUGACUUGUCCCAUUAUCUCGUGUUUACUUUUCUGAGUCCUGCACAUCUGGCAUAAAAUAAGACAGAUUUUAUUUUCCCAGUGUGUCCAAGGGAAUUCUGCCACAUACACUUUUUUUAUUGCAAAAGGAGUGGAAGAACCUUAAAAUCCAAUGAUAAUUGCCAGCCCUGGGCAAUUCAAAACAAUGAAUUGUCUCAGUUCUCUCUGCUAUGCCUGUCCUCAUCCUACAA